ACACACACACAGUGUACUAGUUCCGCCUUCCACUGAAGCGGCACGUUCCGUACUGUCCGUACCGUUGUCUCUAUUGGCCAGGCACCGUGUCAAUCACUUCGCAACGCUGGGCACGGUUUCUAGUGUUUACAACAAAACCAAGACCGCACCAAAUACGGGAAGCACGAGAAGGAAAUGCAUGAGAAUAAACGUUCCCAACACUCAGCAGGAAAGACUGGAGCCAUUCUGCACUGAGCGUCCAAUCACAGCCCUGGAGGGCUAUUCAUACACUCCCGGUUUAACAGGGUGCCUGCCAGCAUGGCGAAAUGCAAGCUAGUUCUGCUGAGGCAUGGGGAGGGGGCGUGGAACAAGGAGAACCGCUUUUGCAGCUGGGUGGAUCAGAAGCUGAGCUGCGCUGGGGUGAAGGAGGCCCAGGACUGCGGGAAGCUGCUGAAGGACCUGGGCUACGAGUUCGACCUGGUCUUCACCUCCAUCCUGAGCCGCUCCAUCCAGACUGCCUGGCUGGUUCUGGGGGCCAUGGGUCAGGAGUGGGUGCCAGUGGAGAAGUCCUGGAGGUUGAACGAGCGGCACUAUGGCGCCCUCAUCGGGCUCAACAGGGCAGAGAUGGCUCUGAACCACGGCGAGGAGCAGGUUAAGAUCUGGAGGAGGAGCUACGGGGUCAUGCCGCCGCCCAUCGACCAAUCGCACCCUUACUUUUUUGAGAUCUACAACGACCGGCGGUACGAGACCUGUGACCUGCCCAAGGACAAGCUGCCCCGGACGGAGAGCCUGAAGGAGGUGCUGGACAGGCUCCUGCCCUACUGGGAGGAGGUGAUCGCUCCGGAGAUCAGGAAAGGGAGGAGGGUGCUCAUCUCGGCACACGGGAACAGCACCCGGGCUCUGCUGAAGCACCUGGAAGGUAUCUCAGAUGAGGAGAUUGCCAGCCUUACCCUGCCCACCGGGGUGCCUGUUGCACUGGAACUAGAUGAGAACCUGCGCCCCACCAAGCCUCACCAGCUGCUGGGGGACGAGGGGGCGAUUCAGGCAGCAAUUAAGAGAGUGGAGGAUCAAGGAAAGGUCUUGGUCCCAGCCCAAUAGAACCCUGCUGCUUCCAGAACACAGCUUCAUAGAGACAGGGUUUCUUUCUGCUGUUACAUUAAUAUAUAUAUACACUGAGCAUCAAAAGAAACUUAUCACUUAUAUUUGGAUAAAAUUCACUAGAUGUGAUUGAAAAAUGACAAACUCUGUUUUAGAGCAGGUGCAGUGACUUUUUAUUGUGCUGAUUAACAAUUCAAAACACGAAGAUGCUGCAAAAUUAUCUGUCGAUCUUGGACAGGUGUUGUGACUCUUGGUCUCCCAGUUUGUGGCCUGUCAUUGACAGAGUGUGUCUGAUUAUACCGUCUCGCCAGGUUUGAAAUUGCUGGCUGUGAGCACCCAAGACGGCGAGCCACAGUACGCUGCCCUAGUCCAGCCUCCAACAUGCGUUUCUCUCUUGACAGAUGGGGCAUAUGGUUUUCUUUCUGUGAUUUCCUGUAUUGCUUUUAUUCAAGCUUGCAGUUCAACAGCUGAAAUCACUCCAUAUCCAGUGUCCAAUCAACUGCCUCACUAAUUAGGUGAUUAAUUGCAUAUGCUUCAGUCAUAGUCACUCAAGCGUGUCAUGGUCAAGGAUGAUUGAUCGAGUGAUUAAAAAGAAACCAAAAACAUUUCGUCAAUGUCCAUAAUUUAUUUACCUUAUUUGUUUUCGAAAAUAAAUGUGUUAUAAUAGUGAUAAGUUUCUUUUGAUUCUCGGUAUGUGUAUAUAUAUAUGGUUGGAUAGUAAUCCGAGGAUGAAUGUGGUACUUUUUCACAUAUUUGAAGCAAGUUGUGUGAGGUGAUCUGUCGAGACCCCUGAUCAGGUGGAAGUGGCAUGAGCGAGAUUGUGCCAGUGCUUACGAUUUCAAUGCAAUUCUAACUUUUAGAAGUCAGGAGAGUGUCAAAACAAAAACAUGCUUGGUUUGAAUUUGAUUUCUAGCAAUCUUUGUUUGAAUAUUCAGAAACGUGCCCCUAUACGAAGAUAUAAGACUCGCCUUACAUUAGUUGCUGGAAUUCAUGUUGGAGUCCAGUGUUCAAGGUUUUUGUCAUUGUUGAUCAUUGCUUUUGCUAUUUUAACUUGUAACCUAAUUUAAGACACAAUAAAAUAUGUUUUACAAACUUUUAAGAAAUUACAAAACCAGAAGCCAUUGCUUCUUUGUUUAAUUUUAAUUUAAAAGCUACUAAAAAAAGCAAAGUUGUCCAGAGCUAAGUUGUGUAUAUUGUCGUUCACUAAGUCUUACUGUAUGUUAUGUAUAUUUCUGAAGAUAGAAAGGUGGUUUAUUUAAUUGCAGGACACGGAGUCAUUGAAGUACAAUAUUAUAUGCAGUGUUAUGGUUUUAUGUGGGGACAUUUUCAAUUUAACACACCUAAACCAAGCAAUGUGAAGAGUGCUGUUGCCUUCUAAUUUGAACACUUUCAAGAAAGUUGGUACCUCCUACAAUAAGCUGAAACUAAAGAGAAAAUUACUUUUUUUUUUUUUUUUUUUAAUUAUAAAAAGUUUUACAAAAAUGCUUUGGGAACAAAGACCAUCCCAUUUUGUUUUUUUGAUUUUUUAUAUUUUCUUUGCAUUAUAAGCUAUACCCAGACAUGAAGGUGUCAUGCCCACUUUAACCUCCUACUGCUGCAUGUAGCAGCGUGAUCAAGAUCUGUUUCUCCUGACUGGAUCCUGGCUGACUGAUUGCCACAUUCUUCCAUUGCAUAGCCCAGGCAUUCUCAGAAAACAUACCUUGUUGGCUUGCCAGUUUGUUUCCACGCCCGAAAGGUAGCUUCAGCCACAUGCACACAGAUUUCCGUAAAGCUCAUUGUAUUCACUUGCAGCAGGGGGUGGUUAUGAGCACAAUCCGCAAGCUCGGCUGAAGCUUAGGAAAGCAAAACAAAGAUGCAAACAAAUAAAAAUAUUGAUUUUUCCUUUUUCCUGUGUUUGUUAUUCUGACAGCUAUAUUUGUAUCAGAAUGGGUUCCCAAGGUACUCAACUUUUCAUUCAAAACCACGUCUGUGUCGCUGUGUAAUUUAUACAACAUGCACCAGCUUGUUACAAAACCUGCGAGGAAACAAAGGUAAUAUUUUGUGGAGUGUUAUUUUUUUAUGCUAACAUCAGUGUUUUUUAAUAAAUGUAUUCAUGUGCCUCUGGUUAUGAUGUAAUCUUUAAGGAAUUGUAGUAGGCAUGUAGAUACAUUGGACUCUGGCAAUACUAGAUGAGGUUUUAAUAUAUAUAUAUAUAUAUAUAGAGAGAGAGAGAGUAUAGGAGUGUGCACUUUGUUUGUCGAUACAGGUAAAAAUGUCCUUGCUGUCUAAGUACCGUAUUGUUAUGAUCAUUGUAUUAAAGCAAGACCUGUUGAUGCCUCUUC